GUCUCGGGCAUCGAAGGGUGUAGGAAAUUGCAGCAAUGUCAGCUCUAAUAAUCAAAGGAUCUGUAACAUCACGGCCUGUUCUCCGACUAUUUUCCUGUCUGGGUGGUGACCUAGCUCUAUCAUACUCGUGGUGUAUAUUUUGUGCACUAUGCCAGCAUCCGGCUAUACGCGAAGUCAGAGCCGGACACCUGUCCCACUAUGGAAAGAAGUUCGGUUCAUAAGCUUCUCUAAUCGUAGAUAGGGUCGUAGUACACUCCAAAAUAUUAAUGCAAGACGGGCUGCUGAGAAACAUCACAAGAAAGAAACAGACCCAUCCCAAAUUAGUCAUAUAAUUCGUAAGCAAACAUACGCCUUGCAAC